AAGGCCUAAGCACCCAUUGGGUACCGUGGGGUAUGGGGGAUACACGGACUCUGGCGAGGGAACACGUGUGCAUGCAACAUGCACACAUUCUGGCUCCGCCUACGAGAACCGCCGGGUGGUACCUCCGCGUUCGACAGUCAGAGACCAUCUACCACCUACGGACAAUCACAACAUCCAUGGCCAAGAGAAACAUCCAUGGCGAAGGCGAGAUUCGAACUCGCGGCCCGGCCGGCCGGCUGAUCAGUAGCACGACACUCUGACCCACGCGGCCAACCG